UGAGAUUAGAAAUAAAGUAUCACCAUGUAAUCAAAUUUCUCUAGGCUGUUGCUAAUAACCACUCUCACACUACUCUUCAUAAGCAGCUCAAGAUGUGACCCAGAACAGCCUCUCUGGCCUUAUCAGUGGAAGGCAGAUUUCACAGAAAACUUCUCAGUCCCCUAUAUCUUCAACGUGACUAGUGACGGUGCUUACUAUUAUGACUGGAUUAACAAGAUAAUGAGAGUUAACAGAAAGAGUAGCUCUGCUAAUAAGUUCUGCAGAAUUAACGGAAUCCAAACUCUCUUUGAUCAGGAAUGCGACAUGUACAUCAACCAAGAAGGGAGAUAUAUCUAUUAUCCAGAGUCUGACCACUGUUGCUACUGAUGCGGUCCCCAAAAUGGAUGCGGAAUGCUGAAGCCCACCUGGGCUUCAUCAGCGGAGUUUAUUGGAGAGGAAGUAUUUGAUGGCCACAGUGCUUAUAGAUGGAACCAGAGAGGGAUCCAGAGCAACUUCCUUGUUGAAACUAAUGAAGCUACACCUUCUGAAAGGAAGAUCCUGCUAAUCGAUCAACAGCCUCAGGAUUACACUCAUUUCCAUCAUGACACCUUCACCAGACAUCUUGAUGAUGCUGAUCUUGAAUUGCCAAAAUCUUGCAAUCCCGAUAAGAAAUGCUCCUUGUUCUCCAUGUGUACGAUCUUCAGAAGAUUCUAGCCCCAAAAGAUUGUCUGGCCCUAAAGUUGCGAACAUUUUUAC